UGAGACUUGGAACCCUGGAAACUCGCGUUGCGCCUCAACUCGAUUUUUGCAAAAUUGGGGUGCACUUUUGCACUUGGGUGCACUCGAGUUGGCUUGAUUAUGGAAACGAGGUAUAAGUGAUCGCUGCCAAGACCUCAGAGUAAUUCAUCCAAAUGAAAUCGUAAUGUGUUAGAUGUCUAGUUUAUAUCUGGAGCAGUAUUGACGCUAAACUCGCGUAUGCUUGAAUACCAGAACAAUGUCCUGUCGAAUAGAAAGAAACACCUAAUUGGGAUGCUUAUGCUUUUUUUAUAAAAAGGUUUCUGUACAGUACACAGCAGCCGCUCCAAUAUUUUCUCAAUAUGACAUAAAUACUCACAAUCAGAUAUGUACAGUGUUGCUAUGUAUUGGUUCGAUAUAACACAAGCGCCCUUGCAGUUCCUGGACUGUACAGAGACAGAAGACUGUCCCUUUUGCCUGCCUGUUGUUUUGAACUUUGAAAAACCAGGAACUAAACGUGGCAACGUCCGGGGAUAUCGCAUUCAAUAGGUCUUGUAAUGAGUGCUCUGUACAGCAAUCACCGCUAGUGAAAUUAGGAUGUCAUCAGGACUCGAAUGACAUGACAGAUAAGUGAACUUCUAUUAUUAUUAACUAAACCACUAUAUUAUAACUGUACACACUGGCACACGUUAAAAAUACACCUCUUGCGUAUCGUAUAGAAAAUACAUUGCAGUUAACAUCUGCAGCGUGUAUAAUCUCGCAGAAUGGAGUGGAUUCACAUGCAUGGGAUCAGGGUAGCAGAGGUGUUGCAGUUUAACCUGAUGGACUAUCGAGGUUUUUGGCUCUUUGUGACCCAUAUGGGGCAUCCAAAAGCCGCCUUCCUACUUUAUUUCCCCGUCACUUUCUUUCUGAAUCGAAAAGCAGGAAUCGCGGUGCUCUGGGUAGCCAUUCUAGCAGAGUGGUCGAACUUGAUUCUUAAAUGGUUUUUAUUUGGAGAGCGGCCGUAUUGGUGGGUCAGUGAGUCUGGGCUUUUUGGGUCAGAAAAACCCAAAUUAAUACAGUUUUCAUCAUCUUGUGAGACAGGACCAGGUAGCCCCUCGGGUCACUCCAUGGUGACUGCAGCGGUGUGGCUGGUGAUGAUGACCUCACUCUCCUCUCACCUCCAGUCCCGCAGUCGGAGGUUAGGCCCUGUGCUGAAGGUGCUCCCAGUCCUGCUCUACCUACUCGUGCUGCUGGUAGUGGGAAUCUCCAGGGUCUUCACUCUGUCUCACUUUCCUCACCAGGUUGUGACAGGAUGUAUCACAGGAGCGGUGCUGGGGUACAUUGUGAUCCAACAUGUUCCUGAAGGGAAGCCUUUGAGAUUCUUUGCGCUCAGUACCCUGGGGUUGUUGCUGGGGGCCCUGCUGCUGUAUUGGUGUCUCGAGCUUGGAGGAGUCAACCUGUCCUGGUCCAUCGAGCUGGCCCAAAAAUGGUGUGUGCAGCCGGAGUGGAUCCGCCUGGACACUGCCCCCUUCUCCUCUCUGACCCGGGACACUGGGGCCCUCCUCGGGCUGGGGCUGGCCCUGUAUUUGAAGCCAGGGGGCUGGGAGCUGCCGUUGGCUCCCCGGGCACUCUCCCUUGCAUUCUCCUCAAUGGCUCUGUACCAUCUCAACCGACUGGCACUGCCCACCUACCCCCCUCUGCUAUUCUAUUGCCUUUUCUUCAUCAAGAACGGCCUGGUGCCCCUGUUUGUGAUGGCCGUCGUCCCCAGGCUGGUGCACGCCAUCGCAGGGCAGGGGCAGAGGCAGGAAGAGAAGGACAAAUAGUACAAAGUGUGGCAUCUUCAUCGCAAAGGGCGUAUCGCUUCAAAUGAGGUUGUGAUGUAUAAGGGUGCUAGCCAAGCUUUUAAAAUCCAGUCUUCCUCAUUUGCUACAAUAUUAUUGCUGGCCCUCCCUUCAUCUGUUGAAGAGAUUUUGGUUCUUAUAAAUAAUAAAGGGUGCAGCAGUUUAUCUAAAGCAGUGCUUCUCAAUCCUGGUCCCGGGGACCCCCUGUGUCUUUUGAUUUUCAGUUACUUAACUAAAUCAAGUUACAUCUAACAUUUUAUAGUUGAGCUGAAAUCUCCAACUGUUUAAAAACUAUUGAAAAGGCGUAAUUAAGCUAAUUAUUAGUUUAAUUAAGAGUUAGGAUGAAAACCAGAAGGCACAGGUCACCGAGAAGCAUUGAUCUAAAGCGUUGUAUUUGAAAUGUUAAUAAAGUAAACAGAUAACUGGAUUUGAAAGCCUUGGUUAACACACGUUUAAUGUUCAAGUAUUCAGAGUGGUUCCUGGCUCGAUUGCUGGGCUGUGUUCAUCGCUCUCUAUAGUGCUCUGUAACACAUUUUGAGUGUGUUUGUUUCUUUAUGCUUCCUAAUGUAAGAUUACUAUUAUUAUUAUUAUUAUUAUUAUUAUUAUUAUUAUUAGUAAACGGAACCAACUGAGAUCAAAGGUCUACUAUGGAGCAACACCACUCAGAUGAAUGAUGGGAACAUAAAAGUAAUUAAAUACAUUGUUUGCAUCACAAGUUGGAUGUGGGCUAGGUAAAUAUUUUCCCUUUAAUGCAAGUUUAGUGCACAAAAGCUUGUAUACUUGAUAUCGUUCAUGCACAAUCUGUUAUAUGUAUCUGUUUGACAUUAGUUUGUAAGAAAUGUUCCAAUGUUAAGUUUAAGGUUUAUGGUUUACAUUAUUACUGUUAUAGUUAGUUGUUUACAUGUUAUGGACCAAAGGCAAACGGUAGUGAUUGGUUUCACCAAAAUAUUUACAUCCUUUGAAGCAAUAUUUAAAAAUUCUAAUUUCAGCUUUACUCGAAGUUACUGUUUAGACUGGAAUAGGUCUUCCUUUUUUAUGAGUGGUUUUGUUUUCUUUUCCAAAGUUGCUGUGUUGUCACUCAGGAACAUUCACGAUUAUGCUUUAUUAUAUAUUUUUAGAAUGUGAAGCUCACUUUAAAGUUCAUAUAUUGCACAGUUGUGAACCAUUAAUAUAAUAAAUGAUAAAUCUCAUUUGAUGUUGCAGGGUUGUAAUGUUGACAAUACUAAAUAUUCAGAGUGGAGAAUUUU